CGGAGGGUUCCUGGUGCUGCCGUGGCCCGGCGGCGGUUCUGGUGCCGGCGGCUCGAUCCCAGACCUGGACCCGGUGGAGGAGGGCUGGGGGGCUGCUGCUGAGGUCUGGAGCUCUGCUGGGACUCACUCUGAUCUGUGUGACGGUGUUGAGGAGGUGGAUUGCAGGUGGAGUGUGUCGCUGUUCGGCUCGUCUGGAUGGAAAGACGGUUCUGAUCACCGGAGCAAACACCGGCAUCGGCAAAGAGACCAGCAGAGACAUGGCACGCAGAGGGGCCCGGGUGGUGAUGGCGUGCAGGGACCUGACCCGGGCAGAGCGGGCGGCGGAGGAGAUCCGUCAGUCGACAGGAAACGGUAACGUGGUCAUCAGACACCUCGACCUCGCCUCCGUUUACUCCGUCAGACAGUUCGCUAAAGACUUCAUGGACGGAGAAGACAGACUGGACAUCCUCAUCAACAACGCAGGAGUGAUGAUGUGUCCAAGAUGGCUGACGGAGGACGGUUUUGAAACUCAGCUGGCUGUCAAUCAUCUGGGUCACUUCCUGCUGACCAAUCUGCUGCUGCCGCUGCUGAAGAGCUCCGCCCCCAGCCGCGUGGUCACCGUGUCGUCCAUCGCCCACAAAGGGGGUUGCAUCGACUUUGACGACUUGUUCUUCAGCAGAAGGACGUACAGCGCUCUGGAGAGCUACCGACAGAGCAAACUGGCCAACGUCCUGUUCUCUAGAGAACUCGCCCGACGAUUAAGAGGCUCUGGCGUGUCAUCGUUCUGUCUCCACCCGGGUGUGAUCCGGACCGAGCUGGGUCGUCACGUGGAGGGCUGGUUCCCCAUGCUGGGGGCGCUGCUGAGACUCCCCUCCCUGCUGCUCAUGAAGACUCCCAGUCAGGGCAGCCAGACCAGCGUGUACUGCGCUGUGACGCCGGGCCUGGAGGGCCAGUCGGGGCGAUACUUUAGUGACUGUGCAGAGAAGGAAGCUGCUCCGGAGGGGCGGGACGACGCCGUGGCCAAGAAGCUGUGGGAGGAGAGCGCCCGAUUGGUCGGAUUAAAGGACACAUGUUGACCUUUGACCUUGGCCCUGAUGUCUGUGUGCAGACUGGACAGACUGCAGCGCCCCCAUGAGGUGGAGGACGGGACGACGCCCGUGAAAUACUCACUGUGACUGACAGAUGAUGGGAGCCAAUCGGAGGACAGGGCGGGAGAAAUAACAAUUAUAUGAUGAAUAAUAAUCAUAAUUUGUCUUAGUACAUCAAAGUAUUUGUUCUUUUAUUAUUAUCACUUUGUGAAUCAGGAUUAUUAUUAUGAGAUAAAAAAAUAAUAAUUUUAUGAUAUUUCUGAGAAUUUGUAUUUUUCAGUCAUCUAUUUUCAUUAAAACAAAUGGAACCAAACUUUUUUAAACAGCUGUGAUAUGAGAAAUAUAAAUAUCAUAAAUAAACAUCAACAUUUUCCCUUAAUCCCUAAUUCCCUUUAUGUUCCCUUUAAAUGUAUCUGAUAUUCCCUUCAUUUUUAUAUUUUAUUUAAUUAUUAUUGAUUUGAUUUUUUCCUCUAGUUUUCCUACUGUUUUAAUUUUCUUUUCUCUUUUCUCUCUUUGUGUUUUUGAGUUUUUCUCCAAGUUGUUGAUAUAUAAAGACAUUUAUUCUCAGUAUGGAUAUUAGGAGCUCUGUUUGAAUUUGUGAAUAUUCAGGAAAUGAAGCAGAAUUUUCACUUCUAAAUAUUUUUUGAAUAUUUUUAAGUUUGUCUGUAACAUGAAAACUUCCUAUGAUGAUGA